AUGUUCCACCCGGCGGAAGAUGAAAUGGCUCGCAGGGAGGGCUACCACAUGCAGCGCGGCGCCGUACAUGGCAUGGGCAUGAUGCUCCGCAUGGAAGAGCAGCAGAUGCUCGCGAUGCAGAUGCGAGAGAUGGAGAUGAUGCAGAUGCAGGCCAUGGGCUGCGCCCCGUCUUAUCCAGACAACCAGUGGGCCUCCCCGCAGCCACAGCAGCAGCAGGGAAACACGGAGAGCAUCGCGAAGCCUUCUGAAGCUGAGAGGGUGCCUGCUACUACGCCGAGCUUGGCUGCCCAGUCUCCAGCUGCCCGUGCUGGCCACGCGUCUAUCUCGUCUCGGUCGGCGACCAAACCGGCGCACAGCGGCGAUGCGAACAGGGCGCCGCCGCCUACUACCACUACCAGCGGCGGCGCUGGUCUUCCUGAUACGCCGUCUCAGGUGGGAGCCUACUGCGCCUACACGCCGAACAGCCUUUACAACACGAUGCCCUCUACCAAUAAUACCAAAGACCUCGCUGCGGCGCAAGAGUCGACGUACAAUGGUAGCAGCAUGUACGGUGACAGCCACAGCGCCUAUGCUCCAGCUUUCACAGGUGGUGCUCUCAGCGAGAAUGGCGCCAGUGGUGUGGGCUACUCCAUGUACAACGCGACGAACUCCAGCAGCAUGUAUGAACAACCAGCACCGUCCUUGGGGGCAACAGACUCGAGCACCGUCAAGACCGCGACUGCUGCGGACAUUCCCGCCUCUGGCAACUCUUCGAAGGCAGCCACGCCUGCGUUGCAACACAGGUCGCCUGGAACUAGUGUGUCACCUGCGCCGCAACGCAAGCUCUCGGUCAAUACCCUGGAUAAAAAAGGCUCUUUGACGGGCAUGAACCGGACCGACAAGUCUUCCACCUCAACGACGCACCGCAGUCGCGAGAUUCGUCAGAAGAACAGCGAACUGAAGCGGGAGAACUCGAGCGGCUUUAUCGGUGGCCGCUCCCGCGGCUCCUUCAGCCGCCCCCCUCCGCAGGAAAAAAGCGCUAGUCCCUCGGUGGACAAGAACAAGCGGUCGUCAUCGUAUUCCGCCCCCAAGAACAACCAGCCCCUUUCUCCCUCCUUGGACAAGGACAAGAGUAUGCACCGCUCGUCCUCAUCGUCCUCGGAAAAGGGCAAAGGUGGGAGGCGUUACUAG